GCCGCAGCAGUAGGCAGACAGACAGAGAGAGAGACACAGACACACAGAGGGAGAGGGAGGGAGAGUUAACAGCAGCCGACCUCAACACUUCCUUAACCACUUCUGAAGAUUUUGAAGUCGAACUUUUGGGGGAAAACCGUUAAAAAAAACCGGUAAAAAGUCGUAAUCGCGACAAACUACAGACAGUUUCCAGCUCAGCGGAAGAGAGAGGAGGCUUAGGUGAGCGGUCACCAUGGCACCCUUCCUGCGUAUCGCCUUCAACGCUUAUGACGUGGGCGCUCUGCCUCCUCUGACUGAAACUCCCAUCUGCGCCAUCAAGAUGAAGGAGUCUGUCAACACCCAGCGAGGAAUGACUUUGGUCCAGAGGAAGCCCACCAUGUAUCCAGCCUGGAAGUCUACAUUUGAUGCUCACAUCUACGAGGGGCGUGUCCUAGAAGUGGUCCUCAUGCAGAGCGCUGAGGAGCCGUUGGCCAAGGCCACGGUGGGCGUGUCUGUACUGGCAGAACGCUGUAAGAAGUCCAAGACCAACGGCCGUACUGAGUUCUGGGUGGACCUGCAUCCUUCAGGGAAAGUCCAGAUGGCUGUACAGUUCUUCCUGGAGGACAAUGAUUCAGCAGUGGGUCAGCCAUCGGUGAAGGUUUCUGCCGAGGAUGGACUCACGACCCUCAACAGGAGGAGAGGAGCUUUCAAGCAUGCCAAAGUUCACAUCAUCAGGGACCACGAGUUCACCGCCACCUUCUUCGGCCAGCCCACCUUCUGCUCCGUCUGCAGAGAGUUCGUUUGGGGACUCAACAAGCAAGGUUACAAGUGCAGACAAUGCAAUGCCGCAAUCCACAAGAAAUGCAUCGAAAAAAUCAUCGGCAGGUGCACCAAGACGGCGGCCAACAGUCGAGACACCUUGUUCCAGAAAGAGCGCUUCAAGAUUGACAUGCCGCAUCGCUUCAAGCAGUACAACUAUAAGAGCCCCACUUUCUGUGACCACUGUGGCAGUCUGCUCUGGGGUCUCUACAAACAGGGCCUUAAAUGUGAAGACUGUGGCAUGAACGUACAUAGUGGCUGUCAGAAGAAAGUGGCCAAUCUGUGUGGAAUCAACCAGAAACUACUGGCAGAGGCUCUGUCUCAAAUCAGCCAGAAAUCUGUGAAGAAGCCUGAUGACUCCAAUGCAGCAGAUAUUGGGAUCUAUCAAGACAUCAAAAGUGCAACAGCAGACCCUAGUGCAGAUGGCAAUAGCACGGCCACUGAGGGCGUGAGCCCAACCCCGGCCGCACCUACAGGUCCCCGAGUACGCCUCAACAUGAACCACCUGGUGUUCCACAAGGUGCUGGGAAAAGGCAGUUUUGGCAAGGUGCUGCUGGCAGAGCUGAAGGGGCAGGGCCAGUACUUUGCCGUGAAGGUCCUGAAGAAGGAUGUCGUUCUCAUGGAUGACGACGUGGAGUGCACCAUGGUGGAGAAGAGAGUCCUGUCCCUCGCCUGGGAGAACCCCUUCCUCACACACCUCUACUCCACGUUCCAGUCUAAAGAGCACCUCUUCUUUGUAAUGGAGUACCUGAAUGGCGGGGACUUGAUGUUCCACAUCCAAGACAAAGGCCGCUUCGAUCUCAACAGAGCCACGUUCUACGCUGCUGAGAUAAUAGUGGGACUGCAGUUCCUCCACUUGAAAGGAAUUAUCUACAGAGAUCUGAAGCUGGACAAUGUGAUGCUGGACAAGGACGGACACAUAAAGAUAGCAGACUUUGGCAUGUGCAAAGAGCGCGUGUUUGGAGACGCCAGAGCCACCACAUUUUGUGGGACACCGGACUAUAUCGCACCAGAGAUCCUGCUAGGACAGAAGUACACCUUCUCAGUAGACUGGUGGUCAUUCGGCGUGCUGGUGUACGAGAUGUUGAUCGGUCAGUCACCGUUCCAAGGCGACGAUGAGGAUGAGCUGUUUGAGUCCAUCAGGUCGGACACCCCUCACUACCCUCGGUGGAUCACCAAGGAGGCCAAGAACCUCAUUGAACUGUUGUUUGAGCGAGAUCCCAGUCGCAGGUUGGGUGUGGUGGGAGACAUCCGUGCACAUCCGUUCUUCAAAACCAUCAACUGGCCAGAGCUGGAGAAGAGAGGGAUGGUCCCUCCUUUUAAGCCCAAAGUGAAAUCCCCCAGCGACUGCAGCAACUUUGACCGAGAGUUCCUGAGCGAGAAGCCGCGUCUCUCCCACGCCGACAAGAACCUCAUCGAUUCCAUGGACCAGGCAGCGUUCGCUGGCUUUUCCUUCAUCAACCCCAAACUGGAAAACAUGAUAACCAAAUGAAAAAAACCCAAAAUGGCUCCUCUGGGAACACGGUCUUAGCCCUGCACUUGGAAAUAGGCUCUUAUCCUAUUCCCUUUUACAGUCUAAGUUCAACUGGAUGGAUAACAAGAACAUAAAAAGAUUUGACUAUGACUUCUUUAGUUCCUCUAUUGGAGGAUGAGAGAUAAAAUGAAACCAAGAUGUUUGUUGGGAUCUAAAUCUUGUAUAGCUGUAUAAACGCUCCAGGAAAUUAAGGGAGAUUCUUCUGAAACAAGGGUGACCAUAAUCAAUUAUGCAUUCUGUCUUUUCUUACUUUUCUGUCAUGUUUUCCUCGCGAUGACACCUUGAAUCUAUACGAAUCAUCUAAUGUACUGUACCCGGAAAUUUUAAAUUCACAGACACAAGCAUGACACCCUUAUGUAGUUAUAGAAAUAUAUACACCUGGCAUCAUGCACAUGCACGUCAAGAGAGUUCAGUUCAGUAUUCACUCUCACUCUGUGUUGCUUCGCCGCUGCAUGCCUCCUAUUACACCCCACCUGUAUGUGUUUGUGUGUUACCACAUGCAUACAAACACGGGUGUGUGCAGGUAUUUUUUAGCUGCAGAUGGUGCUACUGUAGUCGGGCAUGUUGUCUGUUAUUAUUGUCGAGUGAGUCCUCAGUUAAUCCCUCUGCCAGACAUAAAUACAGGCAUCACAGAGAGAGCUGUACUAUAAAGUUGAGGGGAGACACUGACUGCACUGUCUUGAGAAAUCAGAGUUGCUCUAAGCACAUCCCAGAGUCUCACAUAACCUCAAAAUCUGUUUUUUUAAAUUUAGCACAGAUUUCUAGUCUUUUGUGUGCCAUUGGUGUCAAACAUCAUGCUACAUCAAACAGUGCAAACAAUCCAUACAUAAUAUUUUUUUUUUUUGGGAAAGCAAUGGUGUGGUACUAUACCUGUACAUCUAUAUGUGUUGGAUGUGAAGGAUGUGUUGUUUUGUGUGGGAGGGAAGGGCAUUUCACUGUAAGCAUUUUGGGUCUUUGAAAUGUGUUAUAUUACUUGAAUGUAGGAAUUUUAUCAUGGAAAAUAAUAAUAAUAAUAAUAAUGAUAGUGCUGUAUAUGGAAAAUUAAUAUGUACAUUCCAAUGCCUGUGAGUUAUAUGGGUGUACUUUUUUUUACUCUCCUCAUCUUUUACAUCUGAUUAUAAAUAAAUAUAUUGUAAACUCUUAAA